GGGAGACAGGCAGGCAGACAGGCAGACAGGGAGACAGGCAGGCAAGCAGGUAGACAGGCAGGCAGGCUUCUACCAUUGACAGACACCCUAUUGAUUAAAGCUGUCAUUGCAAGACAAUAGGCAACGCCAGGAAGCAAAACAAACCCAUGUGAAAUAUCAUUGGAAAGUUCUGUGGUUAAAAUUUAGAUUUCAAAAAAGAAUGGUAACGUUACGCAGCACUGUAAACAUAGCUGUAAAUGUGUGCACAUUUCAACAACCCUUUUAAACAGGCUCAUUUACACAACGUUAACAGUGCAGCCUUCUGAUGAACAUUUCUGGACUUUACUGAAAAGUGAUUUUUUUCCACUGUCGAGUCAUACGUAAAAUAUAUACGAAAUAUAUUCUGCCAUGCAUUCAUAUUAUACUUAAAACACCCCUCGCUUAUGAAACGAACAUAUUGAUGUUUAAAAUAUAUUUAAAUGAACUCUAAGAAAUAAACAGAUUAAAUACAAAAGUAUGUAAGCAUACUUCCAAGAUUCCAUGUUGAUAUAGACUUGCUAGAUAUGUUUUUUUCAUGUAGGAAUACUAUACAAAAUCUAUCUUGUUAAAGUCCAAUUUGAUUCCCCAAACCUUUUAUGAACAAUAAAAAUCCCAGAAUAAUAAACUGGGGCAUUCUUAUCUUCCAUUGGCUUGACUCCCAUGUCACUAAACAUUCAGUCACGUUCGUGCUGACAGUUUAAGAGCGGAGAGAAAUGAGAGAUAAAGUAAUCAUUUUUUUAUGAUGCUCGCAUCUGAAUCUAAUUUUAAACACAAAGAGCCACUUAAAUAUCUGUUGAACAGCAACGCCCUGAACCCCUUACACUGUUUAAUAUCAGAGGAGGAUUCAACAAAACAUACAGCGUGGCAUCACAGCACUCUGCGUCGACCUUCAAUAUACAUUUCAGGGUCCUGAUUUUCAAUUCCAGCUCCAUUUCAAUUCCUUUUUCAAAUCAAUUCCCUUCGAAGGAGCUGGAGUGGAUAUUUCAGAGUCGCAAUGACCGCUGUGCUUGUUAAACCUGCGAGAAGCUCGUUGUAACAGAAUGCUGCCAGUUGCCGUUUUGAUCAGUGACGUGUUGGCAUUGAUUAAAAGGGACUGGGAAUUGGGAAUUGGGAACUGGGGAUUGAUUUGAAAAAGGAAUUGAGAUUUCUUUAGAUUUCCAGUCACACCUGAAGAAGAGCCCUUUGAGCUGGGAUUUGUGCGUUCGCUCUAAUAAACGUUGUCAGCUCGGGAACUCUAUCGUCAAGUAAAACAGGUGCGUUCCAGCUGAAACGAUGCUUUAACACCCGGUCCUUCUGUUUUUAGCACUGAGCCAGCAGAAGAGGCUGCCAUGCUCCCAUCUCAUUGUCUGGUGUGUUUGCUUAUCUGCACAGUCACCAGUGUAACACCAGCAGAGUCCUCCUCCUCUUCUCCUGCCUCGUCACUGACCAAUGUAACACCAGCAGAGUCCUCCUCCUCUUCUCCUGCCUCGUCACUGACCAGUGUAACACCAGCAGAGUCCUCCUCCUCUUCUCCUGCCUCGUCACUGACCAGUGUAACACCAGCAGAGUCCUCCUCCUCUUCUCCUGCCUCGUCACUGACCAGUGUAACACCAGCAGAGUCCUCCUCCUCUUCUCCUGCCUCGUCACUGACCAGCACCAUCUACAAUGACACUGGUAACAGCACUGAAACUCCAGCCCUUUCCACCGCAUCCACAAGUGCAGAGCAGACUUCCAACACUUCCUCUCCCACCACAGCGCCCACCACCGUGGGAGAGGGGCUGUGGGCCGGGGAUAUCGUCGGGAUCACCGUGGGAAGCGUGGCAGGGGUGGCAGCAUUUGGUGUCGGCUUUGCUGUUGGACUAAAGUUUCUGGGAAAAGGAGUCAACGCAGUCCAGCCCAACAGACGCAGCCCCCCCAGUGACAUCCAGCUGGAGUGCGGGGACAAGGCAGUGGAGCAGAGUAAAGAGGAAGCGAAGUGGGGAGCGGAUCAGAGCGAAGACCGCGGAGUGGGAGACUGAACAUUCCCAGUCAGGUCAUUUCAUGCUCCAAUAUAGGAUUUUUAAAAGAAUAUUCAAACAUGAAAGACCCAUGUUGGUCCCAGGCAGCGCUACCUGGAAAAGAGGGCAACUGAAUACAUUCUCUGGCAAAUCAGGGUUCAAGAAAAUCAAGAAAUAAUGAAAUUAAAUGAAUAACGACCAGAACAAGUUGUUCGGUGUUUCUUGUAAUAAAAUGAUUUUCUAAAAACGUAUUGUGUUGUCCAUUUAUAGUACAUAUUUGCAUUCUCUAAUAACCAACAGAAUUCAAAUAAAACGAUUGUUUUAAAA